AUGACAGAUCGGUUUGCACCCAAGCGAGGCGAACAGCUCACGCUCGCCUCUUCCAUCAAAAUGGUCGACGGUCACACCAUGCCCCGCUUUGGCAUCGGUGCCUGGGACAUGCGAGGUAGCGAAUGCAAGCAAGCUCUGCUGAACGCCUUCAACAAGGCAGGCUACCGACACGUCGAUACCGCGAGAUACUACCGAAACGAGGACGAGUGUGGCCAAGCUGUUCGCGAAAGCAGCGUGCCUCGCUCCGAGCUGUUCUACACCACUAAGAUUUACCUCAACGAUAUGGGUGGCGGCAGCAAGACGCGCUCUGCGAUCGAAGAUAGCCUCAAGAAGAGCGGUCUCGACUACCUUGACCUCGUUCUUCUCCACGCUCCCGAUGGAGGUAAGAAGUUCCGACUGGACUCGUGGGCGACGCUCACCGAGUUGGUGCAAGAGGGCAAGAUUCGAAGCCUGGGCGUAUCCAACUUUGGCCCUCAGCACAUUGAGGAGCUGAUCGAUAGCAAGCCGAAGGUGCUGCCUGUCUGCAACCAGAUCGAGUGCCACCCCUUCUUCGCUCAGAAGGAUGUGAGGGCUGCGUCGGAAAAGCACUCCAUCAUCGUUCAAGCAUACUGCCCGCUCGCAAGAGGUCAAUACUACGGAGACAAGACGCUCAAGAAGGUGGCUGGAGAGACGGGCAAGACGGAAGCACAGGUGAUGCUGCGAUGGCUCGUGCAGCAUGGUAUUGUAGCUCUGCCCAAGAGCAGCAACCCGCAGAGACAAGUCGAGAACGCCGAAUGUCUGUCCUUUGAGCUCUCGGACGAGCACAUGAAAGAGCUCGAUGCCUUGGAUAGGGGUGAUAAGGGCUGGGUCGAGGUGCAAACCCAAAGUCAGCACUGCGACUAA